AUGGCCGGAAAAAAGCGGACCCAGACUGACCUCGCGGUUCCGGAGGCUGUGCCUGCCUCGGACAAUACCCGGAUUGAGGCCGCAGCCGCGGAGGCGCCGGCGAAGAAGAAGAAACUGGCCAUGGAGCGGAAGAAGGAGAGGAAGGAGCUGGACAAGGAGCGCCACCGCCAGUCAGCCGAAUCCGCCAAGCCCCAGCCGCCGGCAGCGGAGGCUGCGGCUCCAGUGAAUCCCUCGCCCGCUCCAGCGGCGGUGGGGCCGGGGCUGCACAUGAACGUGUUCAGGGACCUGGCAUCACCGGAGGCAUCGGUGAGAGAGGCUGCAGCCGAGGCGCUGGUGGUGGAGCUCCGGCAAGUGCAGAAGGCGUACGAGAAGAGCGCGCGGAAGGGGGAGAGUGAAGGUGGCGAUGGGGACAGCGCCUCGCAGAUGGAGGCUGAGAAGGACGACGGACUGGAUAACUGCGCCCCAUCUGUGCGGUACGCCAUUCGGCGGCUUAUUCGCGGUAUCUCUUCUUCUAGAGAGUAUGCAAGGCAAGGAUUUGCAUUGGGCCUUGCUGCUGUGCUCGAAUCGAUUCGGGCAAUCAAGGUUGAAUCAAUUAUGAAGUUGAUCCCAAAUUUAUUGGAAUAUUCAUCUUCUAUGAAGGGACCGGAAGCUAAGGACAAUCUUUUGGGGCGCCUGUUUGGAUUUGGAGCAAUUGUGAGGUCUGGUCGUGUUUCGCGACAGUGGACACGUGACAAAAGCUCACCCAUUGUUAAGGAAUUUGUGAGUGUGGUUGUAGAACUUGGUGGCAAGAAACGAUAUUUGACGGAGCCUGCAGUUGCCGUGAUUCUGGAUUUAGUCAGGAAGCUGCCUGAUGAAGCCAUACUAUCCGAGGUUCUUGAAGCUCCUGGUGUUCAAGAUUGGUUCAACAAAGCUGCUGAUGUUGGAGAUCCAGAUGCACUCUUUCUAGCUUUGAAGUUGCAAGAGAGAACUAUUGUCCAGAAGGAGAUAUUUGGGAAGCUCCUGCCUCAUCCAUUCAGCUCUGACAAUUUUUUUGCAGAACAACAUCUUAAAUCCAUUGCUGCUUGUUUCAAGGAAUCUGCCUUUUGUCUUCCUCGUAUUCAUAGUUUAUGGCUUGUCAUUACGGAGAUGCUUGUUCGAGAAGCAGCAUCUCAGCAUGAUAUUAACACCAGUUCUGGCAAGAAGCACAAAAAGAAUAAGAAAGCCAGCUCCUGCGAGGAUAACAAAAGGAAUCUUAGUAAUUUCUGUGAGGUUUUAAUUGAAGGAUCUUUGCUGCUCUCAUCUCAUGACAGGAAGCAUUUAGCAUUUAGUAUACUUCUUAGCCUCCUCCCAAAAUUGUCUCCUUCAGCUAUCCAAGUAGUUCUGUCCAGCAAAGUUGUUCAUGGUUUGAUGGAUAUUUUGUCAAAUGAAUCUUCAUGGUUGUAUAAUGCCGGAAAACAUUUUCUGAAAGAGUUAGUGAGUGUAGCAAGUCAUGACAAUGAUCGGUGUGCUGCUGUCAUUAUCAACUUACAGAAAUACAGUGGUGGAAGAUUUGACUCCAUGACAAAAACAAAAAUUGUUAAAGAGCUGGCUGGCAAAUUCCAUAGUGUUGAAGAUUGUUUGUAUCUUGUGCAAAAUUUGAUGGCCCUAUUCGUGGAUGAAGAAUCUGUUACAGAUGAACCAUCUGAUCAAAGUCAGACAACCGAUGAGAAUUCAGAAAUUGGCCCAACUGAAGAGCAGGAACUUCUUGGGCAAGGGAAUACUGAUCUUCUGAAGAGCUGGGUGGUGAAUACAAUUUCUUGUGUUCUAAAAAGUUUAAAGCUUACAUCUAAAGGGAAUUCAGAUUCUGAAAUGGCUAAAUGCAUUGAAGAAAAGUUUCAAGUUCAGACAGAAAUAUUAAAAUUCCUUGCAGUUCAAGGUCUGUUCUCAGCAUCUUUAGGAACUGAGGUUACAUCAUUUGAGUUGCAAGAGAAGUUCAAAUGGCCAAAGAAUCCCAUAUCCACAUCGCUACGUAAGGAAUGCAUAGAACAACUUCAAUUCUUGCUGGAAGAUGCACAAAAGGAUGAAGCUUUACAUGUUCCUAGUGAGGUCAAAUCCAAUGACUUAGGCUACUACUUUAUGCGUUUCAUUAACACCGUAUGCAACAUCCCCUCAGUCUCCCUCUUCAGGACUUUGAGUGGCAACGAUGAUAACGCAUUCAAGAAAUUGAUGGCUGUAGAAUCAAUGCUUUUCCAUGAGGAGAGAAAAACUGGUCCUGGAUUGGAGUCUGCUAAGAUGAAUGCAAUGCGUUAUCUCCUUAUCCAGUUACUGCUACAAGUUCUUCUCCAUCCAGAUGAGUAUUGGGAGGCCGCAGUUGAUGUGACUAUAUGUUGCAAGAAAUCCUUUCCUGUCAUUGCUCAAGGUGAUAAUUCCAGUGCACAAGAAUCCGCUGAACACGGUUCACAGGAGUCUGAUGAGGAUGGGUCUGAGGAAUCUGACGAGGAUGGUUCAGAGGAUCCCAAUGAGGAAGUGUCACUAGAGUUUAUGGAUGUUCUUGUCCAGACUUUCCUCUCUGUUUUGCCUCAUGCAUCUGGACCUGUGUGUUUCACAAUUGAACAGGUUUUUCGUGUGUUCUGUGAUGAUAUUACAGAAACUGGUCUCCUUGAUAUGUUGAGGGUCGUGAAGAUAGAUUUGAAAGGCCAUCGUCAAACAGAUAGUGAUGACGAAGAUGAUGGUCGUGUUGAUAUUGAAGAUGAUGAUGAAACUGUAAUGGAAGAUGAAGAGGUUGGGGAAAUUGAUGAUGUUACAGAUGGUGAAGAUGAUUCUAGUGAUGAAGGUGAUGUGGAUCAAGAUGAUUUCAACAAAGCAAUCCUGAAUGAGAUAAAAGGUGGAGAUAAAGCAGAAGCUACUAAAGAUGGGGAUGAUUCAGAUGAUUCAGAUGGCAUGGAUGAUGAUGCUAUGUUCCGUAUUGAUCCUUACAUUGCAAGGAUAUUCAAGGAGCGCAAUCUUUCUGGUAGUGAGACUAAGCAAUCUCAACUUAUGCGAUUCAAGCUUCGUGUGCUUACGUUACUUGAUAUAUAUCUUCAGAGGAAUCCAGGGAAAGUUCUGGUGCUGGAGGUGUAUUCUUUCUUAAUGCAAGCUUUUGUAAAAUCACAUGGUGCUGAUGGUACUGAACAGUUCAGGCAACGUAUUGCUGGCAUACUGCAGAGGAGGGUAUUCAAAGGGAAUGAGUAUCCAGAAGGCGAUGUCGUUGAAUUUGGUAAACUUGAAAGCUUGUUGGAGAAAGCUCUGAGGUUGGCAUCACGCUCAAGAUAUAACACAGUUGCUUCUGUAGCACAGAACGCUACAUUUUGGAUUCUGAAGAUCAUCAACUUGAUGAAUUGUUCUGAACAGGAACUUGCAAGUGUGGUUGACAAGUUCCAUUCUAUCUUGAAUGAUUACGACAGGAAGAAAUCACGGCUGAAGCUUGGUUUUGUGAAGGAGGUUGCUAAGAGGAAUCCUUGGAUAGGACAGGAGCUUUUUGGUUUUGUUCUGCAGAGGACCGAGAACACGAAAGCUCAAUAUCGGAGAAAUCAAAUGCUGGAGUUGGUGGACUACAUACUGAAAUCAUGGGCCGGUGAUGCGUCAGAGGUGUUUUUGAACCAUUUGGCUCAGUUGUGCGGGUUGAUACAAGAAGCUCUUUCAGCCGUUCCUGAAAACAAGUCGCGCCGCAAGGAAGUACGGAAUUUUUGCACUGGAAUCUUGCAAACGGUGUUGAAGCUUGAUCUCAAAGAACAGUUCCAGAACGUGUUGAGUCCUGAAGCUUAUUCCCUCUGCGAGGUCAAACUAGGAGCUGCGUUUACCACCUUCAAAAAAUGA